GGCGAGCUAUCACCCUAGGAAUAUUAGCACCAACCCAAUGGGCAAAUCUCUCCCUCUCUCUCUCUUUUCACAAUCAGCAUCGACACACUCCCUCUACUUCUCAUCCCCAUCUGGUUCGCGACCGACGUUUCUGCCUUCUUGCCUACGAAAACACCACAGAAAUACAUAUACCAUGCCUUCCUUCACCUCUCUCGCUAUCCCCGCUCUUUACCAGACCUCGCGCCAGUUUGCCCCUCGCUCAAUGGCUGCACUUCGCCAGGCACAGCAGCUCUCGACCAGGGCUAGCCAGAAGCCCGAGGUGGUCACCUAUGAGGAGAUCGACAGCCUUAUCCAGAAGAAGGACAAGAACGUCGUAUUGAUCGAUGUCCGCGACGCAGGCGAGGUCGCCCAGGGCGUCAUCCCUACGUCACACCACGUCCCUUUGGCCAGCAUUCAGGAGGCGCUUUCCUUACCCGAGAAGGAGUUUGAGCAGCGUUUUGGCUUCAAGAAGUUCGGCAAGGACGACGAAGUGAUCUUCUACUGCAGGUCAGGAAGACGCUCAGGGAUGGCCUUUGACCUCGCCAAGCAGCUUGGAUACAAGGGCGUCCGCAACUACUCUGGAAGCUGGCUUGACUACGAGGCCAAGGCUAAGAGCCAGUAGUAGAAAAAAAGCAAAGCGAGUGAAAAAAAAAGAAGAAAAAAAAAACGAAAUCGAUGUUGAUGGAACAACACUCGACGGACAACGCCUCCAUUGCUCUGUAGAUUCAUUGCAGACACCUGUACAGUAAAAAAACUCCUCAAUAAUAUAUCCAUAUCC